UUCUUGUCCAAAUGAAAAGUUGUAAACUAAAGAUAACUAACUCUUCUUCUCCACCAUUUCUCCAUGGCGUUUACAACAGUGUUAUGGCAGUGCCACCCUCCACCUUCACCUUCUUCUUCUCCUUCUUCUUUCAGAACUCUGAAACCAACACUCUCAUUCUCACUUCCACGCCGUCACCACCAAUUGUGCCUCUCCUCUCGUUCCUCAGCCACAACCCCGCCGCGUGCCUACGUCACCGGACCCGCAUCCGACCCGAUUGUCAGCGACCCGGACCCGAAGCUUGACGAGCUUCCACCGGAGAAGCCGAAGCCACCCAACGUCAUUACAUGGGAACUCCUCUCCACUCUGCUGAUGAAGCACAAACUCCGCCUCGCUGUCACUGCUGCAUCUCUCUUUGCCUGCUCCGCCUGUACCCUAUCCAUGCCCAUUUUUUCUGGGCGUUUUUUCGAAAUUCUCAUUGGUGCCAGACCUGAGCCUUUAUGGAGGCUGCUCAGUAAAAUAGGAAUCCUAUAUGCCCUGGAGCCACUUUUGACUGUAAUUUUCGUUACAAAUAUGAACAUAGUAUGGGAGAAAGUUAUGUCAACGUUGAGAGCUCAGAUCUUUGGAAGAAUAUUGAUUCAGAAGGUUGAGUUUUUUGACAAAUACAAGGUGGGUGAGCUCACAGGUUUGUUAACAUCUGAUUUGGGUUCUCUUAAAGCUAUUGUCAGUGAGAAUGUUUCAAGGGAUCGUGGAUUCAGGGCAUUAUCUGAGGUCACUGGAACGAUGUUCAUACUUUUUUAUUUAUCUCCUCAAUUGGCACCAAUUCUGGGUGUUCUGAUGCUUGCAGUUUCCAUUUCAAUUGCUGUCUACAAGAGAUCAACUUUGCCUAUAUUUAAAGCACAUGGGUUGGCCCAAGCUUCUAUUUCUGAUUGUGUAGCAGAAACAUUUUCUGCUAUUCGAACAGUAAGGUCCUUUAGUGGAGAAAAGCGGCAAAUGUUUACAUUUGCAAACCAGGUCCUAUCUUUUCAAUCAAGCGGAAUAAAGCUUGGAACUUUCAAGUCUGUAAAUGAAUCCUUAACUAGAGUUGCUGUUUAUAUUUCUUUAAUUGCAUUAUAUUGUCUUGGAGGAAGCAAAGUUAAGGCGGGUGAACUAUCUAUUGGAACUAUGGCAUCUUUUAUUGGAUAUACUUUCACUUUAACAUUCGCUGUUCAAGGACUGGUUAAUACUUUUGGAGAUCUCCGUGGAACUUUUGCUGCUGUUGAGAGGAUCAAUUCUGUUUUGUCUGGAGUUCAAGUUGAUGAUGCCCUUGCCUACGGCUUGGAAAGAGAACUGAAACAAAAAGCACUGGACGAUGAAAACUAUAAGUUGUUCUUCUCUGAUAGUCCUGAUGAGAAAAACCAAAGAAGUUAUUUGCAUUACAUGUCAGCGCUGAAAACAUCUAGCAAUGUGUAUAGCUUAGCUUGGUCUGGAGAUGUUUGUCUUGAAGAUGUGUAUUUCUCUUAUCCUUUAAGGCCAGAUGUGGAAAUCUUACGUGGCUUAAAUUUAAGACUAAAAUGUGGAACUGUAACUGCACUCGUGGGUCCUAGUGGUGCAGGCAAGAGUACAAUUGUACAACUGUUGUCUCGAUUUUAUGAGCCAGCAAAAGGUUGUAUAACAGUUGCAGGAGAGGAUGUUCGAACAUUUGACAAGAGUGAAUGGGCCCGGGCAGUCUCUAUCGUAAAUCAAGAGCCUGUUUUGUUUUCGGUGUCUGUUGGAGAAAAUAUUGCAUAUGGGCUUCCAGAUGAUGAUGUUUCUAAAGAUGAUGUGAUUAAGGCAGCAAAAGCUGCAAAUGCUCAUGAUUUUAUAAUUUCACUUCCACAGGGCUAUGACACACUUGUUGGUGAGCGUGGAGGCCUACUGAGUGGAGGCCAGAGGCAGAGAAUUGCUAUUGCCCGAGCUCUCCUAAAGAAUGCUCCUAUUCUCAUACUCGAUGAGGCCACGAGUGCCUUGGAUACUGUAAGUGAGCGCUUGGUACAGGAUGCUCUCAACCAUUUGAUGAAGGGGAGGACAACAUUAGUGAUAGCUCAUCGAUUAAGCACAGUUCAAAAUGCCUAUCAAAUUGCACUUUGUUCUGAUGGGAGGAUUGCAGAACAAGGCACCCACUUUGAGCUAUUGGCUAAGAAGGGCCAAUAUGCUUCACUGGUUGGCACUCAAAGGCUUGCAUUUGAGUAAAUCAUAUAAAGGUGUUAAUGUUUCCAGUUACACCAAAUAGCAUUACAAGUGACAAGUAGCUGAAUCAUUUUCCACCUUGGUCAAGGUUCCAAACCCAACAAAUCAUCUUUGGUACUAGCAAGGCUAGUUUUUGCCUCAGUGAGUGUCAUCUGAUGACAAUUGGAGGUUGUAGAAGGGUAAUUAUUGGAUUGAGUAGUGUAUAAGACAGAGGGGAGAAAAAGAAAUGGUUUAACUAGCUAAUGGAUGAUUGGGACAUGUAUUGGUGUUUUGUUGUAGUUAGAAGUCCUCAUAUUAAUAAUGGAUAAUGGAUUGCAAUUUCUAUAAUGUAGGAUGAGGAAAUUCUUCUGCACAA